AUGUUACACACUUAUGUACCCACGUGGAUAUUUUUCCUGGUCGAACAAGAACAUGGGCCUUUAUCACUUACUAUUACACCCUGCUCAGCACCUGUACAGUGGAAACUAUCGCUUCGUCACUACCCAGUAGCGGAUAACCGUCAAGAGCAGGAUACCCUUCAGAAUGAUAUAGGAAACGGUGACGUUGCGCCCACUUUCUCUGUUCUUCAAGCUACGUAUUUCGGCCAAGAGCAAAGGACUUACACAAACCUCAACAGCUAUGCUGGGCUCUACAUGAUAGAAAUGGAUUCCCAUGGAAAUGAUACCAGCGUGAAAAUAUUCUUUUCUUCUAGUUCUAAAGACCACUUUCCCCAUCCAUUGUUGCCUUCUAACCCAAGAGUGGGAAUUUUGAAAGUUCGGAGAAACCGUGUUCUGAUCACCUGGAUGGCCAGUCCCACUGAAUCGCAGCAUAAACAAGUUGUAGAAUACUGCGUGGCAGCUAACCCAAGGAAGAACUAUAAAACUCAAUGUGAAGUUGACAGUGAUAUCAAUGGAGACAUUCCACCAACACCUCCACCGUGGGCGGGGUUUGGCUUCUGGUGGGAGAAACUCGCUCGAAAGAAGUUGUUGAUGAGAGUGAGAGAAAUUCAGAAGUCUGUGGUUGUACAGAACGACAUAACCUAUGAAUGUAUCGGGAGAAAGACCUGGCAUAUGUUUAGAGGUCUUCGGGAAGGAACGACUUACUACUUCGACGUUUUUGCUGUAAAUCCAGCAAAUAACGCUAGUAUCGCCUACUUGGGAGCCAGGACGGCUACUAAAAUUCCCAAGAGUGGGAGAAUAAGAGACCAUUCAUUAACGACCGUUAAGUUGGAAGGUUCGAGUGACUUCUCGUCCGUCUCCACUUAUAUCCUGAGACGCAGUACAUCUGUAUUGUAUUUCUUCAUCCGACCAUGCACCGGACCAGGUCCGGUAAAACUGAAAAUAUCCAUGAAUAGAAAUAUACUCUUGAACACUCGUGUCAUGAACAUUGAAACCCUAACCAUAAGGAAUGCAUCCAGUGGAACUUACAUGAUUACUGUUUCUUCUCUGAUACACGAAAUCCGAGCCGUUCAGCUUCUAGUCAGUAGAAGGUACUGGAAGUUUCCAUUUCCGGAUCUUCCUCGGGAUAAAAGAGUUAAAAUUUUCGAUACCCUUACCACACACGAUUCUGUGACGCUAGCGUGGCGAGCGUCCUCUGACGAAAAGGUGCGUUACUGUAUUUACCAAAGCAAUGAUACUAGUAGCCUUAUGCCUGUAUUUUCGUGCGAACCAAAACCUGACCGUGAACAGAAUCACAAAGAAGUGAUGUGUCGUAGAUACAAUCGUUACAGUACAAACAGGUUUCAUGGUUUAAUCAUGCAGAAAGUGAAAGGAUUAGAGCCAGGAAAGAGUUAUGUUUUUAAAGUAUUUGUGACAAAGGCACGAGGGAAAACUCUCCCGUAUGAACAGGUAUGGGUCACCACCAGAAAACAAUGAUAUCCCAAUAAUGAGAAUAAAUAAUUCUCAGAGGAGUGGCAGCCUAAUAAUUCUAAAACUUCGAACACUAAAACAAACAACUCUUAAAAACUAUGUUAUAAAAGACUUUGUAAUCCAAAACAGUAAUAGAGAGAGAGACAGAGAAAUAAUUUUGCGUAAACAGUGGCGUGAAUUGUGUGAUUGGCUUAUAAAGUUGUUUUGUUUGAGCCAAGUGUAUAGUCCUGUCCGUCUUUUUAGAGCUCCUGAAGAAAUAAUACAGCAAUAACAGAUGUCGCAUAGUUUCCCCUGCAUUGAGUUCAAAUAACAAGUUUCUUUCUGCUAAAGAUUGAAAACAUCAAUAUGAGUAAAACUAAUUUUAAAACAAAUAAAUGCUAUGUUGUUGUAACAUGUGUGGAGAUCUACAUAGCAGUGAAUCAGUAAACCAGUUUGUAGUCUGAGAUAACAGUUCUAGCAUGUGCAGAGAACUGCAUAUCAGUAAAUAUAGUUUGUAGACUGAGAUAAAAAAAGCGUGCCAAAGAUAUCGUGUUCGAAGAGAGUAUAUAUUGAUUAGAUGUAUCGUUUUGCAUGAGAUUGUUUAGUCUUCCUUAGAACUAAUGUUUCCAACAAAUUACUUAUAAAAAGUUCUAUGCGAUAUAAACGGUUACUUGUUGUCUAACAAUGACAACUAAUUAUCGGCAUUGUUAUGUAAAAUAAACACAGGAACAUGUUCUUUCAAAUGUUCUCAGGUGAAUAGUCAAGCAGUUCUUGAAAUAAUUGUGGAACAAGAUAUGAACUCAAGAAACCGUAUGAUUUACACAGUGACUUUUCUCGUUUUGAACAUCAACUUCCUUGACUGAAACAACCCAGUAUAAACACUGUUUGACAGAAUUAUUUCAAAAAAUUUUAAGUAGUUGUUCACCUUUAGAGUGUAAUUAUAAAUGAACAGUUUGAAACAAAUUGGGGACGUAUUUUUAACGUUUAAUUUCGUUGAACUUACUCUUACCCCACUAUCGAUGAAAAAGUAAUUUAUAUAACUCUUUAUUGCCUAUCCUACACACUAUAUUCUGCACAAUAGAAAUUGGUGCUUUAUGUAAACAGUUUGUGUAGAAGCAAGAAGUCUGUCAUAUUAGGGAAAUUCUUUCAGUUUCUGGAUGUCAGCAUUAUAGGGGUAAGUCUGGGAUUAAACGUCAUGUUGCACUGAGA